AUGGAAUCUUCAUUAAAAACCUCAAGCAGAAGCAAAAAAGGCUUGAAUAAAGCACUUUCGAAAAAUUAUGCCACGAAAAGUAAGAAUUUCAAAUGAAUUAGUCAUUGAUCUGCUCUCAACUCAAACUUAGCUAUGUCUCUUUGGUUCUAUUGGUUAAAGCGACUCUCCCACCAGUCGAAUGAGGAUUCUAAGAAGCCUGAGAAUACGAACUCAAGAGGAUUAAUAAAAUAGAGUAAGUAAAAGCUUCGAUCUAAAAAUCAUUCGCCACACAAGAUAAUAGCAGAGACGCAAGAGUGGUAUUGAGCCAUUGUCUGAGAAACAAGUAUCCAUCUCCAUAGAUUAUGUUCUUAGAUGCAUCUUGAUUGUUUGUAUCCAAAGACUCGGGUGUCGUAAUAGCAAAUACUAUUAAAUGAGAUUUAGAAGACAAAGGAAAGAAAGAAAACCAUAUUCAAACGUAUGUCGAGCAUCUUAAUCAAACAUCAGACAACUCUACGCACCAUUGGCAAUUAGAACAGCACUAAUAACCAAAGGAACAGUGAGAUGCAAUUAUUCAUGCUUCAAGAAUCCCAAUAGCCAAUUGAUGAACCUGUCCUUUUGCAAUCUCAGGAAGUGAAAAAGAAUAAGAUUCGACAAUUGGUAAUUGACUCAGAACUCCCGAAGGUAGUUUUAAAUAUAUCUCGAAAAUGCAAGAAGCCCUUUGCUUCGAUUCAGAGUUAUGUGAAUCAAAAAACAGAGAAGCACCAAUCUUAAAAAGAAUUGGGAAGCAGCAACCCUUUUCUAAGUUAUACAUCUUGUCAAAGUCUUACAGAGAUGAACUCUUAAUUUCACUCUAAUUCUCCUUAGACUUAGAGAAAAUUAAUAUCUUUGAAAGCAGCUUGUCCUCUUCCAGAAAUCAAGUUGAUCUCUUCUGCUCGCAAUUAUACCAAUACAAAUGAUAUCAAUUUUCUAAAGCAGAAGUGUAAGAAUAGUAUUUAUUGUGCAGAUUCACAUAGAAAGAGGAGAAUUGAGACUAAAGUAUGAUAAAAUUUAAAUUACAAUUUUUCAUUUUUUUCAUGUUAAUUAUUGAUUUAGAGAUUACAAAAAUAUUGUAUAAAAUAAAAGAAUAAAUAUUUAAUGAGCACGAAUCCCUAAAAGUAUCAACCAUGUGACUUGCCAGAUCAUGAUGCCGAGUACCUCAAUAUGGUGUGCAUAGAUGAGAAAUGCAACAAGCGACAAAUGUUGUGUUGCUAUUGCUAAUCGGAGCAUCAAAAAUGCAAGACAAUCCCACUGAGAAAAUUCACCAAACAAUUUCAAGAUCAACUAAAUUAGCUUACCUAGGAGACUUCCAAAGUAAAAUACACUGAGUACUCUGAUUCUCUCAUUAUUUUAGUCUGAUACUCUACUUUGAUUAAAUUCAAGCCACAUUAGAAUAGUCUCAGAAAUUAAUUAAUGAAAUAUUCAAUAAGACAAAAUCAGCCAUUCAGGAGUACUUUUUCAUCCAUAUUGAUUUAGUGUCAAGAACUCAAUAUCAUAAAUGACUGCUUCUGAUAACUAACCAUAGAGUCAAGGCCUAAUACUACAAAAAUUCGAAUCAGAACCAACCAAAGAAAACUUCUGUAAACUCCUGAUUGAAAUUGAGUCCUUCAAACCCAAUUCUGAUAAGUACUCAUUUACACUCAAGAAAAAUGCAUCCAAAUAAUUGCCUCAAUCUAAUGAAAGUGUUGCAAAUGGUAAGAUCUAUGCCUAGCAAUACUAAAGUGCAGCCAACACAUUUACUGAAUAAUUCUUAAAUCUCCAUGAAGUUCUUAAGAGGAAUAUCACUAACUUUUUUACAAAUGCUCCCACCAGAGUAACAGAAGCAGACAAUGAUGGCAAACGCUUUGAUAAAUUCAAGUCCGACAACAUCUUUACACAAGUCUCUCUCCCCAAUCAAUAGUAAUAACAACCUAAACCAGUAAUCUCAAUUGAAGAUGAUGCAGAUCCUCCUAAACCAACCAAAGAAUAGAAACCAAGUUAAAAAAAGAAGCAGCAUGAUUUUGUCUCUCUGCCAGCCGAAGAAGAUGGAUGCACUCUAAAUUAAUUCAAGUAAUUUCUGGAAAAAUCAACCGCCAAUAAAAAGGAAUUAGCCAACAAAUAAAAUACUCAUUCUAUACCAUAAUAAAAAUAAUAACAGUAGGAUGUGAUACAACCCAAACAAUCCGAAAUACCUAGUAAUAAAGGUAAUGGAGUUAAUAAUAAACAACUAGCAAUGUCUUAAGAUGACAAUGCUGUGGAGGGAGAGACUAUCCUGAAUGUUUCUGAAUCCAAGGAAUUUCAAUUUAUGGUUGAAGGCUAAGAGAUUACUAAGUUGAUCUAUUUAAAUAAAAAUCUGAUUGGAGGAAUAGGUGGAACCAAGUGCAUGAUCUUUGAUAUCUCAACUAAGGAUUAGGAAAAGCCAAAUAGAAUCCAAACACUCUAAUACGAUGCUGAAUUUACUGACAUAGCUUAUUUGGAAAUGGACGAGGAGAACGGAUAACUCUAUUUGGCUACCAAGAAAGGCAAUAUGCUUACAUAUAUAAAAGAAGGAUCUAGGAAUAUAUAAUUUAGACAGUCCUCCCCUUAAACCCACAGUUUGGAUAAGCCUGGGAACUUGUUCCUUUAGGUGAAUGUGGGAGAUAGGUUUUUAUACAGUGUGGGCGAGGAGAAGAUUAUCAAGAUUUGGUCUAUGAAGACAAUUAAAGAGUUGAAAAGAGCGACAAUACAAGAUCUGCCAACUGCUUUUCACUUAGACUACAAGGUUGCUUUCGUUGGAGGAAGCAACUUCAUUUAGAUCUGGGAGCCAACCACUGGAGCUAUUACUCACAUGAAAGGGUUGGAGUCAAAGGUCACUAAAAUAUUGACCAAUGAAUCGAAAAUGUUCGUGAGUAUGAUGCUCAAAAUUAAGAUCUAUGACAAAGUCGGAUUGGGAGAGUAUCAACUAUCUAAUGAUGUAUAUUUCGGAUAAAUCUUUUCUAUGUAAUUGCUGAAAACGUGGCCGAUGUUGGUGAUCUCAUAUAUGGAGGUAUAAUCAAAUUUAUAAUGCGUUAGAAAUCAGUUGGCAAAGUAAGCUUGUAUAAUUAUGUUGAAUAACAACUUCCUGAAACUCUUGUGGAUAGAUUGGCAUUGAGUUGUGCUGUGAAAGAGCAGGAAAAAGUUAAUUAUUUGGCAUUUGGUCUGAGUAAUGGAGUUUGCUUAAUAUAUAAGAUAGAAUAGACAUUUUAGUAGUCACAAUGA